AAAAGAAAGAAGAAAUAGAGGGCUGAAGGCUUUUCCGCAAACCUCCGAUUGAAUCCAGUCCAAGAUACCUUCCUUCCAUCUCAGCUUUUGCUCAGCUAUGGCAGCAUGUUCCUUCUGGAUUUGCAGGGACUUUGGAGCCACCCUGGGGCUCUUGCUCGUAGUCACAGGUAUGACAAUCACCAAAGCUUCUACGGAAAGAAAUGUUUCUCAAAAACAAGAUACAAUCAGUUUCAUUAAUGUGAUCAAUACACGUUUCAUUGCUGCAAGAGGGGGAGCCCGAAUUUCUCUUAGCUGUUCUUUUGGCUCUCUGGCAAGUUGGUAUAAAGAGAGUGAGCAGGACAAAUACCAGGAGAUCAGGAACAGCUCCAGAGUCCAUGUGACCAGAAAUGCGUCACUGGUAAUGAUGCAGAUCAACAAACUCCAGCACACUGACAAUGGUGUCUACCAUUGUAUGAACCGGGACGUACUGAAGCCAUCAUGUGGUACUGAACUCAAAGUCAUGGGUAUCAGCACCUAUGAGCAAGUGCAAAGUCGUCACAACGUGAAAGAUGCUAUCAUUUUAAUCCAGACAAUUCUUCUUGUCCUUUUUGUGAGCAUACCUGUGUUCCUAACCCAAGGGAAGGGUGACAGAAAAGAUGCCUCCGGGGAGGAACAUACUUACGAGGGGCUGACGGUUGAACUAGUCGAUACGUAUGAAGACAUUGGUGUUUACCAAGACAGACCAGAGAAGUGGGAUUUGGGGGAACAUCCAUGUGAAGAAUAAAAAGCCAGCAGCUGACUUUAACCAAAGGGAUACCCAUUCUUGGGGCAACCAGGAUCCCCUGUAAAAAUUCCACUCUAGAGAAGCUUUAAAAAUGUGCUUAUCUCUUGCUUGCAGCUGAUCUGCUAGAAACCACUAAAAAGCAGUAUCCACCAGAUUCCUUGGGACGGUUGAAUCAAAGUCAUUCAAACGGGGAGAAGGGAGACAGAGACAAUUUGAGCACACCAUAAAAAUGGAAGCAAAAAGAGCUGAGAAGAUGAAUGAAUUUGUGACUAGAUGGGCUUUUGGACUUGAGUUUGCUUGGCAUUCCCUUCCCCCAAAUGGCAUCUUUUAAUUAAUAGAGCAGUUUCCUGCUCUCAUUCCCAACUGCCGGCAAAGAGGACUGAAUCUGAUAAACUAGUAUCUAACAUCCCAUUACUUCAGCUUCUUUAACCCAGGACCCUCCAGAUGGUCUGGGACUACUCUCAGAAUUCCUUCCCAAGAUGGCUAUGGUGAGAAUAUCUGGAAUAUAUUAGCUAUAUAGGACACAAUCUUUCCUACUGAGAUUUACAGUUUUGCAGUUAGGAUUUUUAGGCUCAUGUUUUUAAAAAGUCUCUAGCAUCCUUAUGAAAGAAUUUCAAACAUAUAUGCUGAACUUUUCAAAAUAAUAAAAAAAUGUUUACUAGUAAUCUUUUUUUCCCAAACUUUGAGGUAGCAUAUUACUUCUUUGUUCCAGAAACAUUAAAAAUUGUGUUUUCAAAUUUCUUCAGUACAGAAAUCUGAAGAUGAAACAUUUUUAGGUUAAUAUGCAUAAGCAAUUUCUUAGAAGUCACAUUUCCCAUCUGGACAGUGAACAACAGAUUUGUA